AUGCGCAAGGCAGCAACCAGCAGUACGCGAGUCCUUGCCUCUUGCGUGGAAACGUCCCGUAGCAAAGCAUUAGUCCCACCUCAAAUCGGGCGGGCCCACGGCCUGCGCCAGACCCUGAUUCGUUUCCAAGCUCCUGCUCAUGGCAGCAGUUCUUCAUCAAACCUCUCCUUCACUGUUGUGACAGACAAGAAGGUGUAUGAGGAUCAAUUGAGAGGGAUCAUCUGCUACAGAGAUGAGAACGGGGAGAUGAUCUGCGAAGGGUAUGACGAAGGCCCCAGGCUCAGAAUCAGGUUGCCGGAGAAAGCCUGCUUCCCAUGGCCUGUGGGAAUUCAGGUCACUGAUUUCAUCCAGCUGGCGACGCUUCAGGUUUUUGAGGAUGUCGAUGCUGUUCAGCUCAAGGAUGAUCAGAAGAGGAAGCUCUGA